AUGGAGGCGGCGUCCAGCUCCAAGUGCGGCGGUCCGGCCGUCGGCAUCGACCUCGGGACGACCUACUCGUGCGUGGCGGUGUGGCGGCACGACCGCGGCGAGGUCAUCGCCAACGACCAGGGCAGCCGCCUCACGCCGUCUUGCGUCGCCUUCGCCGGCGCCGAGCGGUUCGUCGGCGAUGCGGCCGUCAACCAGGCCGCGCUCAACCCUUGCAACACCAUCUUCGAAAUGAAGCGAUUGAUUGGCCGCCGAUUCAGCGAUGAGUCUGUACAAGAAGACAUGAAGCUGUGGCCUUUCAAAGUCAUCCAAGGCCUCGAGGACAGGCCGACGAUUGUGGUGCGGCAUGACGGCGUCGAGAGGCAGUUCGUGCCGGAGGAGAUCUCCGCCAUGGUGCUCGCCAAGAUGCGGGAGACAGCGGAGGUGUACCUCGGUAAGAAGGUCAAGAACGCCGUCGUCACCGUCCCCGUCUACUUCAGCAACUCCCAGCGCCAGGCCACCAUCGACGCCGGCGCCAUCGCCGGCCUGAACGUCAUGCGCAUCAUCAACGAGCCCACCGCCGCGGCCCUCGCCUACGGCCUCGAGAAGGUGCCCGUCACCAACAGAGGCAGGACGGUGCUCGUCUUCGAUCUUGGCGGCGGCACCUUCGACGUCUCCCUCCUCGACGCCAACAUGGGCCGCUUCGUGGUGAAGGCCACCGCCGGCGACACCCACCUCGGCGGCGCGGAUUUCGACAACGAGCUGGUGAAACACUCCCUGCGGGAGUUCAUACGGAAGCACGGCUUGUCGGACAUCAAGAGCAACCAGAAGGCGCUCCGGCGGCUGAGGACCGCGUGCGAGAGAGCGAAGAGGAUGCUGUCUUCCAUGGCGGAGACCACCAUUGAGGUGGACUCGCUCCAUCAGGGCAUCGACUUCCGCGUCACCAUCACCCGGUCCCGGUUCGAGGAGCUGAACAAGCACCUCUUCGCGAGGUGCAUGGGGGCCACGGAGAGCUGCCUCCGCGACGCCGGGGUGGACAAGAACAGCGUGCACGACGUCGUCCUCGUCGGCGGCUCCACCCGCAUCCCCAAGGUGCGGGGCAUGCUCGGCGAGUUCUUCGGCGGGAAGGAGCUCUGCCGGAGCAUCAACCCCGACGAGGCCGUCGCGUAUGGCGCUGCCAUCCAUGCCUCCGUUUUGAGCGGCGGGAGCGACGACGACAGGAGGCGGGUGGAUAUGAUUCUGCGCGAAUUCACGCCGCUCUCGCUGGGAGUGGAGAUCAGACGUGAUCCUAGUCCUACAAUGAGCGUGGUGAUCCCGAAGAACACUGCCAUCCCGACCAAGAAGGUGAAAAAUUACUGUACCCGCUACGACAACCAGACCGGGGUGCUGUUUGCGGUGUACGAGGGCGAGAGCGCGAGCACCAAGGACAACCACCUGCUCGGCCAGUUCGAGCUGUCCGGCAUCCGCCCAGCGCCCAGGGGAGCUGCCCGUCUCGAAGCCACCUUCGAGAUUGAUGCCAACGGCGUGCUGAAUGUCUCAGCGGAGAACACGGACACCGGGGGGAAGAACAGCAUCACCAUCACCAACCACAGCGGCCGCCUCAACAAGGUGGAAAUCGAGCGCAUGGCUCUGGAGGCCCAGAAUCACAGGCGCAAGAUGAAGUUAAUCAAGUAAACCGAAGCAGCAUUUGUGAUAACGCAAUUACCUACUGGAAUCUAAUAUGCCAUAUGGGACCCACCAUAACCUAUCAUCCUCGUCUUA